AUGGUCAAGAUAGCGAUUGCAGGUGGCUCCAGCAACGUUGCUGCGGAGAUUAUUGAUGUCCUUGUUGCAACUGGCAAACACGAGAUCUUGCUAUUGUCUCGAANNAAGUAUGCGAAGAUUGCGCUUCUGUGGUUCAAACAGCUUACUCCGACUUUAAUGCAGGGAGUUUCCACUAGUGCUGCAAUCAAAGGCACGAGUCGGGUCCAGGUGGAUUACCAAAGCCAGACGCAAUUGAGACACGCACUUAACGGAGUACACACACUGCUCUCAUUCGUCUCCGAACAGGAAGAUCCUAACAGCCCGCUCCAAAAGAACCUGAUCAAGGCUGCGAUUGACGCUGGUGUGAAGCGUUUCGCACCCAACGAAUGGGCAACCUGGUACUCAUACAAGGGCGAAACCCGUCGUUACCUUCAGAAUCUAAACAAGGAGCAUCAGUGCGGUCUCUUCCUGAACUACUUGACGAGCCCUUACCAAUCAGCCAAGCAUCUUCGGCAAAUGCAAACACCCUUUGACUUUGACCAAGGUCGCUGCAUCAUUGCUGAAGGUGGUAACGACAACCGCGUUACCUUCACAACUGUUCAGGACCUGGCGCAAGUCGUCGCCAGGGCUGUAGACUAUGAGCAUCCAUGGCCAGUUGUCGGUGGUAUUUCUGGAGUUGAGAUGUCCCUGAAGCAGAUGAUUGAGCUCGGAGAGAAGACUAGAGGCAAACCAUUCAAAGUCGAGGAGAUUCCUCUGGAUGAGCUGAAAGACGGAUCGUGGAAAAGCUCUUGGUCGCCAAAGAUUGAUCACCCGGCUAUGCGGCCUCAGAAGGACGAUCAGCUGUCGAGAUACAUGGUUGCCGAGAUCCUUCGAGGUAUCUCAGCUGGGGACUACGUAUGCUCGGAUGAGUGGAACAAACUGCUGCUGGACUUCAAGUUUACAGAGACUGAGGAAUUUUUGAGCAGUGCUUGGGAUGGCAAACCAUAG